CAAAAACUCUGCCAGUUCCACAAGGGGCGUCAAGGGAGUAAUGAGGGUGUAAUGCUGAGAUGCGCUAGGAUUGAACUUGGUCAUGUAUUUACUGCUGGUGUCGUUUCGAGCGGUUAUCGAUGUGAUAGCGAUACAUACUGGUGAUGCUGUACCUGCUUCCCACAUUUAUUUUAGACCAGCGACGUCUACGUACACGAGCAGACGCCGAUCGCAGUUUAGGACGUUGAACGGAAAAAAGUCACGAUCAUAUGCCGACUCCAUUGCGCGAGAUACAGAUUCGGUGGAGGGUAAACAGAAUGCAGGGGGAACACUACCUGGGUAUCUGUCAUUUGGAGGCAUUAUGUUAUAGGGACUGCGUCUGAUGGGAGAUGCUUGAACUGAGGUUGCCAU